GACGGUGUGAAACAAAUGCUGAUUCUCCUCAGUAGUGGACGGUCAAGAGACAAUGUGGAUGCACCAGCCUCUGCUCUCAAGGAGCUCGGGGUGUUAGUUUUUGUAAUUGGAACAAGGAGCUCUAACAGCAGAGAAUUACAGAAGAUAUCCUAUGACCCCAGUUAUGCUCUCUCCGUGUCUGAAUUCACUGACCUCCCCAACAUCCAACAGCAGCUUCUUUCUGCCAUGAACACUGCCGUUAUACAGGACACAACCAUGACACCAACACUAAUACCAACAAUACUAGUUGAGAGUCAGGCUCCCAGGAGGGAUGUUGUGUUCUUGCUGGAUGGAUCUGAUGGCACUAGGAGUGGAUUCCCAGCCAUGCGUGACUUUGUUCAAAGAGUGGUGGAGACACUCAGUAUGGAUGAGAACAAAGAUCGCAUUGCGGUGGUCCAGUACAGUAGAGAUCCAGCCGCCCAAUUCUAUCUGAACACAUACACAACAAAGGGAGAGAUUCUCAACACUGUAAGAGGUCUGAGACACAAAGGCGGGAGACCUCUCAACACUGGAGCAGCUCUCCAGUACGUGAGGGACAAUGUCUUUACUGCCUCCUCCGGAAGCAGACGCUUGGAAGGCGUUCCACAGCUACUGAUUCUGUUGAGUGGUGGAAGGUCCGUUGACAAUGUUGACACGCCAGCCUCUGCUCUGAAGGAGCUUGGGGUUUUGGUCUUUGGAAUUGGAACAAGGAGCUCUGAUAGCAGAGAAUUGCAGAGGAUAUCACAUGAUCCCAGUUACGCUCUGUCUGUCUCAGACUUUACUGACCUUCCGAGCAUCCAGCAGCAACUUCUGUCCUCGGUGGAGGCAGUGGUUAUUGAUGUUACUCCAGAAUCACCAACAGUUUUAGUUGAUCAUGACACCGCCAGAAAGGAUGUGGUAUUCCUUCUGGAUGGUUCUGAUGGCACAAGGAAUGGAUUCCCAGCAAUGCGUGACUUUGUUCAAAGAGUAGUAGAGAAACUCAAUGUGGGAGGAGACAAAGACCGCGUUUCUGUGGUCCAGUACGGUAGAGAUCAAGAAGUUCAUUUCUAUCUGAACACAUACACCACGAAUGGCGACAUUCUUGACAUCGUCAGAGGUCUGAGGCACAGAGGAGGUAGACCCCUCAACACUGGGGCAGCCCUCCAGUAUGUAAGGGACAAUGUCUUUACUGCCUCCUCAGGAAGCAGAAGACAAGAGGGUGUCCCUCAGAUGCUGAUACUGCUGAGUGGCGGCAGGUCCAAUGAUAACGUUGAUAUACCUGUUUCUGCCCUCAAAGAGAGCGGAGUCUUGAUCUUUGGCAUUGGAAACAUAAAUUCUAGCAAAGAGGUUCAAAGGAUUGCCUCUGACCCCAGUUUUUCCCAGUCUGUUUCUGAAUUCUCAGAUCUACCCAGCGUCCAGGAUAAGUUUUUCUCCUCACUCAUUACUGUGCACGUUGGCGCCACACCCAUUUCGCCAACAGUCAUAGUGGACCUAAGCAUCGCCAGAAAGGAUGUAGUAUUCUUGCUGGAUGGUUCUGAUGGCACUAGGAAUGGCUUCCCAGAAAUGCGUGACUUUGUUCAAAGAGUAGUGGAGAAACUCACUGUAGGGGAGAACAGAGAUCGAGUCUCUGUGGUACAGUAUAGCAGAGAACCAGAGGUCCACUUCUAUCUGAACACUUACACAAGAAAAGAAGAAGUUGUUGACACCGUAAGAGGGCUGAAGCACAAAGGAGGGAGACCCCUCAACACUGGAGCAGCUCUCCAGUAUGUCAGGGACUACGUCUUUGCUGCCUCCUCUGGAAGUAGGCGCCUUGAAAGUGUUCCACAGAUUCUGGUACUGCUAAAUGGUGGAAGGUCCUUUGACAAUGUAGAUAAACCCGCUUCUGCUCUCAAGGAGCUUGGUGUCUUGGUGUUUGGAAUUGGAACAAGGAGCUCUGAUAGCAGAGAGUUACAGAAGAUAUCCUAUGACCCCAGUUAUGCUCUCUCCGUGUCUGAAUUCACUGACCUCCCCAACAUCCAACAGCAGCUUCUUUCUGCCAUGAACACUGCCGUUAUACAGGACACAACCAUGACACCAACACUAAUACCAACAAUACUAGUUGAGAGUCAGGCUCCCAGGAGGGAUGUUGUGUUCUUGCUGGAUGGAUCUGAUGGCACUAGGAGUGGAUUCCCAGCCAUGCGUGACUUUGUUCAAAGAGUGGUGGAGACACUCAGUGUGGAUGAGAACAAAGAUCGCGUUGCGGUGGUCCAGUACAGUAGAGAUCCAGCCGCCCAAUUCUAUCUGAACACAUACACAACAAAGGGAGAGAUUCUCAACACUGUAAGAGGUCUGAGACACAAAGGCGGGAGACCUCUCAACACUGGAGCAGCUCUCCAGUACGUGAGGGACAAUGUCUUUACUGCCUCCUCCGGAAGCAGACGCUUGGAAGGCGUUCCACAGCUACUGAUUCUGUUGAGUGGUGGAAGGUCCGUUGACAAUGUUGACACGCCAGCCUCUGCUCUGAAGGAGCUUGGGGUUUUGGUCUUUGGAAUUGGAACAAGGAGCUCUGAUAGCAGAGAAUUGCAGAGGAUAUCACAUGAUCCCAGUUACGCUCUGUCUGUCUCAGACUUUACUGACCUUCCGAGCAUCCAGCAGCAACUUCUGUCCUCGGUGGAGGCAGUGGUUAUUGAUGUUACUCCAGAAUCACCAACAGUUUUAGUUGAUCAUGACACCGCCAGAAAGGAUGUGGUAUUCCUUCUGGAUGGUUCUGAUGGCACAAGGAAUGGAUUCCCAGCAAUGCGUGACUUUGUUCAAAGAGUAGUAGAGAAACUCAAUGUGGGAGGAGACAAAGACCGCGUUUCUGUGGUCCAGUACGGUAGAGAUCAAGAAGUUCAUUUCUAUCUGAACACAUACACCACGAAUGGCGACAUUCUUGACAUCGUCAGAGGUCUGAGGCACAGAGGAGGUAGACCCCUCAACACUGGGGCAGCCCUCCAGUAUGUAAGGGACAAUGUCUUUACUGCCUCCUCAGGAAGCAGAAGACAAGAGGGUGUCCCUCAGAUGCUGAUACUGCUGAGUGGCGGCAGGUCCAAUGAUAACGUUGAUAUACCUGUUUCUGCCCUCAAAGAGAGCGGAGUCUUGAUCUUUGGCAUUGGAAACAGAAAUUCUAGCAAAGAGGUUCAAAGGAUUGCCUCUGACCCCAGUUUUUCCCAGUCUGUUUCUGAAUUCUCAGAUCUACCCAGCGUCCAGGAUAAGUUUUUCUCCUCACUCAUUACUGUGCACGUUGGCGCCACACCCAUUUCGCCAACAGUCAUAGUGGACCUAAGCAUCGCCAGAAAGGAUGUAGUAUUCUUGCUGGAUGGUUCUGAUGGCACUAGGAAUGGCUUCCCAGAAAUGCGUGACUUUGUUCAAAGAGUAGUGGAGAAACUCACUGUAGGGGAGAACAGAGAUCGAGUCUCUGUGGUACAGUAUAGCAGAGAACCAGAGGUCCACUUCUAUCUGAACACUUACACAAGAAAAGAAGAAGUUGUUGACACCGUAAGAGGGCUGAAGCACAAAGGAGGGAGACCCCUCAACACUGGAGCAGCUCUCCAGUAUGUCAGGGACUACGUCUUUGCUGCCUCCUCUGGAAGUAGGCGCCUUGAAAGUGUUCCACAGAUUCUGGUACUGCUAAAUGGUGGAAGGUCCUUUGACAAUGUAGAUAAACCCGCUUCUGCUCUCAAGGAGCUUGGUGUCUUGGUGUUUGGAAUUGGAACAAGGAGCUCUGAUAGCAGAGAGUUACAGAAGAUAUCCUAUGACCCCAGUUAUGCUCUCUCCGUGUCUGAAUUCACUGACCUCCCCAACAUCCAACAGCAGCUUCUUUCUGCCAUGAACACUGCCGUUAUACAGGACACAACCAUGACACCAACACUAAUACCAACAAUACUAGUUGAGAGUCAGGCUCCCAGGAGGGAUGUUGUGUUCUUGCUGGAUGGAUCUGAUGGCACUAGGAGUGGAUUCCCAGCCAUGCGUGACUUUGUUCAAAGAGUGGUGGAGACACUCAGUGUGGAUGAGAACAAAGAUCGCGUUGCGGUGGUCCAGUACAGUAGAGAUCCAGCCGCCCAAUUCUAUCUGAACACAUACACAACAAAGGGAGAGAUUCUCAACACUGUAAGAGGUCUGAGACACAAAGGCGGGAGACCUCUCAACACUGGAGCAGCUCUCCAGUACGUGAGGGACAAUGUCUUUACUGCCUCCUCCGGAAGCAGACGCUUGGAAGGCGUUCCACAGCUACUGAUUCUGUUGAGUGGUGGAAGGUCCGUUGACAAUGUUGACACGCCAGCCUCUGCUCUGAAGGAGCUUGGGGUUUUGGUCUUUGGAAUUGGAACAAGGAGCUCUGAUAGCAGAGAAUUGCAGAGGAUAUCACAUGAUCCCAGUUACGCUCUGUCUGUCUCAGACUUUACUGACCUUCCGAGCAUCCAGCAGCAACUUCUGUCCUCGGUGGAGGCAGUGGUUAUUGAUGUUACUCCAGAAUCACCAACAGUUUUAGUUGAUCAUGACACCGCCAGAAAGGAUGUGGUAUUCCUUCUGGAUGGUUCUGAUGGCACAAGGAAUGGAUUCCCAGCAAUGCGUGACUUUGUUCAAAGAGUAGUAGAGAAACUCAAUGUGGGAGGAGACAAAGACCGCGUUUCUGUGGUCCAGUACGGUAGAGAUCAAGAAGUUCAUUUCUAUCUGAACACAUACACCACGAAUGGCGACAUUCUUGACAUCGUCAGAGGUCUGAGGCACAGAGGAGGUAGACCCCUCAACACUGGGGCAGCCCUCCAGUAUGUAAGGGACAAUGUCUUUACUGCCUCCUCAGGAAGCAGAAGACAAGAGGGUGUCCCUCAGAUGCUGAUACUGCUGAGUGGCGGCAGGUCCAAUGAUAACGUUGAUAUACCUGUUUCUGCCCUCAAAGAGAGCGGAGUCUUGAUCUUUGGCAUUGGAAACAGAAAUUCUAGCAAAGAGGUUCAAAGGAUUGCCUCUGACCCCAGUUUUUCCCAGUCUGUUUCUGAAUUCUCAGAUCUACCCAGCGUCCAGGAUAAGUUUUUCUCCUCACUCAUUACUGUGCACGUUGGCGCCACACCCAUUUCGCCAACAGUCAUAGUGGACCUAAGCAUCGCCAGAAAGGAUGUAGUAUUCUUGCUGGAUGGUUCUGAUGGCACUAGGAAUGGCUUCCCAGAAAUGCGUGACUUUGUUCAAAGAGUAGUGGAGAAACUCACUGUAGGGGAGAACAGAGAUCGAGUCUCUGUGGUACAGUAUAGCAGAGAACCAGAGGUCCACUUCUAUCUGAACACUUACACAAGAAAAGAAGAAGUUGUUGACACCGUAAGAGGGCUGAAGCACAAAGGAGGGAGACCCCUCAACACUGGAGCAGCUCUCCAGUAUGUCAGGGACUACGUCUUUGCUGCCUCCUCUGGAAGUAGGCGCCUUGAAAGUGUUCCACAGAUUCUGGUACUGCUAAAUGGUGGAAGGUCCUUUGACAAUGUAGAUAAACCCGCUUCUGCUCUCAAGGAGCUUGGUGUCUUGGUGUUUGGAAUUGGAACAAGGAGCUCUGAUAGCAGAGAGUUACAGAAGAUAUCCUAUGACCCCAGUUAUGCUCUCUCCGUGUCUGAAUUCACUGACCUCCCCAACAUCCAACAGCAGCUUCUUUCUGCCAUGAACACUGCCGUUAUACAGGACACAGCCAUGACACCAACACUAAUACCAACAAUACUAGUUGAGAGUCAGGCUCCCAGGAGGGAUGUUGUGUUCUUGCUGGAUGGAUCUGAUGGCACUAGGAGUGGAUUCCCAGCCAUGCGUGACUUUGUUCAAAGAGUGGUGGAGACACUCAGUGUGGAUGAGAACAAAGAUCGCGUUGCGGUGGUCCAGUACAGUAGAGAUCCAGCCGCCCAAUUCUAUCUGAACACAUACACAACAAAGGGAGAGAUUCUCAACACUGUAAGAGGUCUGAGACACAAAGGCGGGAGACCUCUCAACACUGGAGCAGCUCUCCAGUACGUGAGGGACAAUGUCUUUACUGCCUCCUCCGGAAGCAGACGCUUGGAAGGCGUUCCACAGCUACUGAUUCUGUUGAGUGGUGGAAGGUCCGUUGACAAUGUUGACACGCCAGCCUCUGCUCUGAAGGAGCUUGGGGUUUUGGUCUUUGGAAUUGGAACAAGGAGCUCUGAUAGCAGAGAAUUGCAGAGGAUAUCACAUGAUCCCAGUUACGCUCUGUCUGUCUCAGACUUUACUGACCUUCCGAGCAUCCAGCAGCAACUUCUGUCCUCGGUGGAGGCAGUGGUUAUUGAUGUUACUCCAGAAUCACCAACAGUUUUAGUUGAUCAUGACACCACCAGAAAGGAUGUGGUAUUCCUUCUGGAUGGUUCUGAUGGCACAAGGAAUGGAUUCCCAGCAAUGCGUGAUUUUGUUCAGAGAGUAGUAGAGAAACUCAAUGUGGGAGGAGACAAAGACCGCGUUUCUGUAGUCCAGUACGGUAGAGAUCAAGAAGUUCAUUUCUAUCUGAACACAUACACCACGAAGGACGACAUUCUUGACAUCGUCAGAGGUCUGAGGCACAGAAGAGGUAGACCCCUCAACACUGGGGCAGCCCUCCAGUAUGUAAGGGACAACGUCUUUACUGCCUCCUCAGGAAGCAGAAGACAAGAGGGUGUCCCUCAGAUGCUGAUACUGCUGAGUGGCGGCAGGUCCAAUGAUAACGUUGAUAUACCUGUUUCUGCCCUCAAAGAGAGCGGAGUCUUGAUCUUUGGCAUUGGAAACAGAAAUUCUAGCAAAGAGGUUCAAAGGAUUGCCUCUGACCCCAGUUUUUCCCAGUCUGUUUCUGAAUUCUCAGAUCUACCCAGCGUCCAGGAUAAGUUUUUCUCCUCACUCAUUACUGUGCACGUUGGCGCCACACCCAUGUCGCCAACAGUCAUAGUGGACCUAAGCAUCGCCAGAAAGGAUGUAGUAUUCUUGCUGGAUGGUUCUGAUGGCACUAGGAAUGGCUUCCCAGAAAUGCGUGACUUUGUUCAAAGAGUAGUGGAGAAACUCACUGUAGGGGAGAACAGAGAUCGAGUCUCUGUGGUACAGUAUAGCAGAGAACCAGAGGUCCACUUCUAUCUGAACACUUACACAAGAAAAGAAGAAGUUGUUGACACCGUAAGAGGGCUGAAGCACAAAGGAGGGAGACCCCUCAACACUGGAGCAGCUCUCCAGUAUGUCAGGGACUACGUCUUUGCUGCCUCCUCUGGAAGUAGGCGCCUUGAAAGUGUUCCACAGAUUCUGGUACUGCUAAAUGGUGGAAGGUCCUUUGACAAUGUAGAUAAACCCGCUUCUGCUCUCAAGGAGCUUGGUGUCUUGGUGUUUGGAAUUGGAACAAGGAGCUCUGAUAGCAGAGAGUUACAGAAGAUAUCCUAUGACCCCAGUUAUGCUCUCUCCGUGUCUGAAUUCACUGACCUCCCCAACAUCCAACAGCAGCUUCUUUCUGCCAUGAACACUGCCGUUAUACAGGACACAGCCAUGACACCAACACUAAUACCAACAAUACUAGUUGAGAGUCAGGCUCCCAGGAGGGAUGUUGUGUUCUUGCUGGAUGGAUCUGAUGGCACUAGGAGUGGAUUCCCAGCCAUGCGUGACUUUGUUCAAAGAGUGGUGGAGACACUCAGUGUGGAUGAGAACAAAGAUCGCGUUGCGGUGGUCCAGUACAGUAGAGAUCCAGCCGCCCAAUUCUAUCUGAACACAUACACAACAAAGGGAGAGAUUCUCAACACUGUAAGAGGUCUGAGACACAAAGGCGGGAGACCUCUCAACACUGGAGCAGCUCUCCAGUACGUGAGGGACAAUGUCUUUACUGCCUCCUCCGGAAGCAGACGCUUGGAAGGCGUUCCACAGCUACUGAUUCUGUUGAGUGGUGGAAGGUCCGUUGACAAUGUUGACACGCCAGCCUCUGCUCUGAAGGAGCUUGGGGUUUUGGUCUUUGGAAUUGGAACAAGGAGCUCUGAUAGCAGAGAAUUGCAGAGGAUAUCACAUGAUCCCAGUUACGCUCUGUCUGUCUCAGACUUUACUGACCUUCCGAGCAUCCAGCAGCAACUUCUGUCCUCGGUGGAGGCAGUGGUUAUUGAUGUUACUCCAGAAUCACCAACAGUUUUAGUUGAUCAUGACACCACCAGAAAGGAUGUGGUAUUCCUUCUGGAUGGUUCUGAUGGCACAAGGAAUGGAUUCCCAGCAAUGCGUGAUUUUGUUCAGAGAGUAGUAGAGAAACUCAAUGUGGGAGGAGACAAAGACCGCGUUUCUGUAGUCCAGUACGGUAGAGAUCAAGAAGUUCAUUUCUAUCUGAACACAUACACCACGAAGGACGACAUUCUUGACAUCGUCAGAGGUCUGAGGCACAGAAGAGGUAGACCCCUCAACACUGGGGCAGCCCUCCAGUAUGUAAGGGACAACGUCUUUACUGCCUCCUCAGGAAGCAGAAGACAAGAGGGUGUCCCUCAGAUGCUGAUACUGCUGAGUGGCGGCAGGUCCAAUGAUAACGUUGAUAUACCUGUUUCUGCCCUCAAAGAGAGCGGAGUCUUGAUCUUUGGCAUUGGAAACAGAAAUUCUAGCAAAGAGGUUCAAAGGAUUGCCUCUGACCCCAGUUUUUCCCAGUCUGUUUCUGAAUUCUCAGAUCUACCCAGCGUCCAGGAUAAGUUUUUCUCCUCACUCAUUACUGUGCACGUUGGCGCCACACCCAUUUCGCCAACAGUCAUAGUGGACCUAAGCAUCGCCAGAAAGGAUGUAGUAUUCUUGCUGGAUGGUUCUGAUGGCACUAGGAAUGGCUUCCCAGAAAUGCGUGACUUUGUUCAAAGAGUAGUGGAGAAACUCACUGUAGGGGAGAACAGAGAUCGAGUCUCUGUGGUACAGUAUAGCAGAGAACCAGAGGUCCACUUCUAUCUGAACACUUACACAAGAAAAGAAGAAGUUGUUGACACCGUAAGAGGGCUGAAGCACAAAGGAGGGAGACCCCUCAACACUGGAGCAGCUCUCCAGUAUGUCAGGGACUACGUCUUUGCUGCCUCCUCUGGAAGUAGGCGCCUUGAAAGUGUUCCACAGAUUCUGGUACUGCUAAAUGGUGGAAGGUCCUUUGACAAUGUAGAUAAACCCGCUUCUGCUCUCAAGGAGCUUGGUGUCUUGGUGUUUGGAAUUGGAACAAGGAGCUCUGAUAGCAGAGAGUUACAGAAGAUAUCCUAUGACCCCAGUUAUGCUCUCUCCGUGUCUGAAUUCACUGACCUCCCCAACAUCCAACAGCAGCUUCUUUCUGCCAUGAACACUGCCGUUAUACAGGACACAGCCAUGACACCAACACUAAUACCAACAAUACUAGUUGAGAGUCAGGCUCCCAGGAGGGAUGUUGUGUUCUUGCUGGAUGGAUCUGAUGGCACUAGGAGUGGAUUCCCAGCCAUGCGUGACUUUGUUCAAAGAGUGGUGGAGACACUCAGUGUGGAUGAGAACAAAGAUCGCGUUGCGGUGGUCCAGUACAGUAGAGAUCCAGCCGCCCAAUUCUAUCUGAACACAUACACAACAAAGGGAGAGAUUCUCAACACUGUAAGAGGUCUGAGACACAAAGGCGGGAGACCUCUCAACACUGGAGCAGCUCUCCAGUACGUGAGGGACAAUGUCUUUACUGCCUCCUCCGGAAGCAGACGCUUGGAAGGCGUUCCACAGCUACUGAUUCUGUUGAGUGGUGGAAGGUCCGUUGACAAUGUUGACACGCCAGCCUCUGCUCUGAAGGAGCUUGGGGUUUUGGUCUUUGGAAUUGGAACAAGGAGCUCUGAUAGCAGAGAAUUGCAGAGGAUAUCACAUGAUCCCAGUUACGCUCUGUCUGUCUCAGACUUUACUGACCUUCCGAGCAUCCAGCAGCAACUUCUGUCCUCGGUGGAGGCAGUGGUUAUUGAUGUUACUCCAGAAUCACCAACAGUUUUAGUUGAUCAUGACACCGCCAGAAAGGAUGUGGUAUUCCUUCUGGAUGGUUCUGAUGGCACAAGGAAUGGAUUCCCAGCAAUGCGUGAUUUUGUUCAGAGAGUAGUAGAGAAACUCAAUGUGGGAGGAGACAAAGACCGCGUUUCUGUAGUCCAGUACGGUAGAGAUCAAGAAGUUCAUUUCUAUCUGAACACAUACACCACGAAGGGCGACAUUCUUGACAUCGUCAGAGGUCUGAGGCACAGAAGAGGUAGACCCCUCAACACUGGGGCAGCCCUCCAGUAUGUAAGGGACAACGUCUUUACUGCUUCCUCAGGAAGCAGAAGACAAGAGGGUGUCCCUCAGAUGCUGAUACUGCUGAGUGGCGGGAGGUCCAAUGAUAACGUUGAUAUACCUGUUUCUGCCCUCAAAGAGAGCGGAGUCUUGAUCUUUGGCAUUGGAAACAGAAAUUCUAGCAAAGAGGUUCAAAGGAUUGCCUCUGACCCCAGUUUUUCCCAGUCUGUUUCUGAAUUCUCGGAUCUACCCAGCGUCCAGGAUAAGUUUUUCUCCUCACUCAUUACUGUGCACGUUGGCGCCACACCCAUUUCGCCAACAGUCAUAGUGGACCUAAGCAUCGCCAGAAAGGAUGUAGUGUUCUUGCUGGAUGGUUCUGAUGGCACUAGGAAUGGCUUCCCAGAAAUGCGUGACUUUGUUCAAAGAGUAGUGGAGAAACUCACUGUAGGGGAGAACAGAGAUCGAGUCUCUGUAGUACAGUAUAGCAGAGAACCAGAGGUCCACUUCUAUCUGAACACUUACACAAGAAAAGAAGAGGUUGUUGACACCGUAAGAGGGCUGAAGCACAAAGGAGGGAGACCCCUCAACACUGGAGCAGCUCUCCAGUAUGUCAGGGACUACGUCUUUGCUGCCUCCUCUGGAAGUAGGCGCCUUGAAAGUGUUCCACAGAUUCUGGUACUGCUAAAUGGUGGAAGGUCCUUUGACAAUGUAGAUAAACCCGCUUCUGCUCUCAAGGAGCUUGGUGUCUUGGUGUUUGGAAUUGGAACAAGGAGCUCUGAUAGCAGAGAGUUACAGAAGAUAUCCUAUGACCCCAGUUAUGCUCUCUCCGUGUCUGAAUUCACUGACCUCCCCAACAUCCAACAGCAGCUUCUUUCUGCCAUGAACACUGCCGUUAUACAGGACACAACCAUGACACCAACACUAAUACCAACAAUACUAGUUGAGAGUCAGGCUCCCAGGAGGGAUGUUGUGUUCUUGCUGGAUGGAUCUGAUGGCACUAGGAGUGGAUUCCCAGCCAUGCGUGACUUUGUUCAAAGAGUGGUGGAGACACUCAGUGUGGAUGAGAACAAAGAUCGCGUUGCGGUGGUCCAGUACAGUAGAGAUCCAGCCGCCCAAUUCUAUCUGAACACAUACACAACAAAGGGAGAGAUUCUCAACACUGUAAGAGGUCUGAGACACAAAGGCGGGAGACCUCUCAACACUGGAGCAGCUCUCCAGUACGUGAGGGACAAUGUCUUUACUGCCUCCUCCGGAAGCAGACGCUUGGAAGGCGUUCCACAGCUACUGAUUCUGUUGAGUGGUGGAAGGUCCAUUGACAAUGUUGACACGCCAGCCUCUGCUCUGAAGGAGCUUGGGGUUUUGGUCUUUGGAAUUGGAACAAGGAGCUCUGAUAGCAGAGAAUUGCAGAGGAUAUCACAUGAUCCCAGUUACGCUCUGUCUGUCUCAGACUUUACUGACCUUCCGAGCAUCCAGCAGCAACUUCUGUCAUCGGUGGAGGCAGUGGUUAUUGAUGUUACUCCAGAAUCACCAACAGUUUUAGUUGAUCAUGACACCGCCAGAAAGGAUGUGGUAUUCCUUCUGGAUGGUUCUGAUGGCACAAGGAAUGGAUUCCCAGCAAUGCGUGAUUUUGUUCAGAGAGUAGUAGAGAAACUCAAUGUGGAAGGAGACAAAGACCGCGUUUCUGUGGUCCAGUACGGUAGAGAUCAAGAAGUUCAUUUCUAUCUGAACACAUACACCACGAAGGGCGACAUUCUUGACAUCGUCAGAGGUCUGAGGCACAGAGGAGGUAGACCCCUCAACACUGGGGCAGCCCUCCAGUAUGUAAGGGACAACGUCUUUACUGACUCCUCAGGAAGCAGAAGCCAAGAGGGUGUCCCUCAGAUGCUGAUACUGCUGAGUGGCGGGAGGUCCAAUGAUAAUGUUGAUACACCAGCCUCUGCUCUGAAAAAAAUAGGAGUUAUGAUAUUCAGUGUUGGAUCUCGAGCCUCAGACAUUAAUGAGUUACAACGCAUUUCCUUGGAUCCAAGUUAUGCUCUUUCAGUGUCUGAGUUCAGUGAACUUCCAAACAUCCAAGAGCAGCUACUCACAAGAGUGGAAACUUUCAAUAUUAGUCUUAUGGGAGAAACUAUGAUGGGACAUAGAGAUGUUGUAUUUCUUCUGGAUGGUUCUGAUGGCACAAGGAAUGGAUUCCCAGCAAUGCGUGAUUUUGUACUCAAAGUAGUGGAGAAUCUCAAUGUGGGAGGAAACAAAGACCGCAUUUCCGUGGUUCAGUAUAGUAGAAAUCAAGAGGUACAUUUCUAUCUGAACACAUACACCAAAAAGGAGGACAUUCUUGACAGCAUAAGACAUCUGAGGCACAAAGGCGGUAGACCCCUCAACACAGGGGCAGCACUCCAGUUCGUUAAAGACCACAUCUUUAAAGACACCUCUGGAAGCAGACGUUAUGAAGGUGUCCCUCAGAUAUUGAUUUUGCUGAGUGGUGGACAGUCAAAUGAUGCUGUUAGCCAAGCUGCCUUUGAUAUGAAAGGUCAAGGAAUUCAGAGUGUUGGCAUUGCCAUCAGACAGGCCGACACUAGAGAAAUGCAGUCAAUUACGUCUGAUCCACAGCUCAUCCUUGUGGCACGAGACUUUUCAGAUCUGUCAGCAAUGCAUCUGGAGCUUUUAUCAUCAAUUGCUCAGGCUUCCAGUCCUGGUUUGAUAGCUGAGUCUCAGGGUCCCAAGAAGGAUAUCGUCUUCCUUGUUGAUGGCUCAGAUGGCGUCGGAAGGGAGUUCCCCAUCAUCCAGGAGUUCAUCAGCUCAAUCGUGAAGAACCUCAAUGUGGGCGAGAACAAGAUCAGGAUUGGUGUGGUGCAGUAUGGCGACUCCCCCAAUGCAGAUAUCUACCUAAACUCCCACUCAACCAAGGAGAGUGUUAUGAAUGCUGUCAAGGGACUGAGGCAGCGAGGCGGCCGGGAACGUAACCUGGGUCAGGCAGUGGAGUUUGUCAGCAGUGAAGUGCUGAAUGUUCGACGUGGCGGCAGGAAGGAGGAGGGUGUUCCACAGUUCCUGAUUGUCGUUUCUGGUGGAAGGUCCACAGAUGAUAUCCGUCGACCUGCGACCUCACUGAAGAGGUCAGGCGUUUUGCCCUUCAGCAUCGGGACCAGAGAUGUAAACUCUCAGGAGCUUCAGGUUGUUUCCUAUGUUCCCAACUUUGCAUACACUGUGGAUGACCUCCCUGGCCUGUACACAGUCCAGGACAAACUGAUCUCCACGCUCACAGAGAUGUCCGAUGACGACAUUGCCAGGCUACGUCCUGUUUUCCCAACUCCGGAUGUCAUAGUACCCACUGGCGGAGAAAAGAGGGAUGUGGUUUUCCUCAUUGACGGCACAACAGCUGUGCGCAGCGAGUUCCCCGCCAUCCGUGACAUGAUCGGGAGGGUCGUGGAAAAGCUGGACGUGGGUCUGGAUCGGGUGAGGGUGUCAGUGGUGCAGUACAGCGACGAUGCCAAAACGGAGUUCCUCUUGAACGAGCACUCCACCAAAGAUGAGGUCCGCCAAGCCACGAGGAAGAUUCAGAGCAGGGGUGGAAACCGUCUAAACACUGGCCGUGCCCUCGAUUGGGUCUCCAAGAACAUCUAUCAGAGAUCAGCCGGUAGCCGCAUCGAGGAGGGUGUGCCUCAGUUCCUCAUUCUAGUCACGGGGGGAAAGUCCAACGACGACGUCUCUGGACCAGCCAACCAGCUGAAGACCAACCUGGUUGCCCCUCUUGCCAUCGGGGCAAAGAAUGCCGACCCCAACGAACUGAGGCAAAUCUCCCUGAAGCCAGAAUUUGCCUACUCCAUUAACAACUUUGGGCAGCUUCCAACAGUGGAGCAGCAGCUUAUUGCUUCAGUCAACACCAUGACCACCACUGACAUCUCCAGUAGUUUUGUUCCUCCUGUUUUGGAUAUUGCUAACCUCAACAUGGGGAGGAAGGACAUCAUCUUCCUCAUAGACGGCUCGGACACCACAGGGUCCAGUGGCAUCGCCCACAUCCGUGACUUCAUCCUCAACAUCGUUCAGCAGCUGGAUGUGCAACCUGACCAGGUUCGGGUCGCUGUUGUCCAAUACUCUGACAAGGUCAAGACGGAUUUCUCUCUCAAUUCCCACAACAACAAGCCAGCUGUGCUCUCUGCCAUCAAAAGACUACGCCAGCAGGGUGGCAGAUCGUCCGAUUUAGCCAAAGCCAUCGAGUAUGUGAUCAGGAACGAGCUGAAAUCCUCAGCGGGUGUCCGGCUUGCGGAGGCCUCCCAGCACCUAGUGGUCCUCACCGGCGGGAGGUCCCCCACUGACGUGUCUGUGUAUGGCCCUUUGCUCAAAGGCUCUCGGGUCAACUGCAUUGGCAUUGGGGCUGGCGGAGCAGACUCCAGGCAGCUCAACCAGAUUGCCACCAACUCUGCCGAUGUUCUUCAGGUACCUAAUUUCCCCGGCUUGCCUACCAUUAAGGAGAGGUUCAUUGCCAGGCUCAAUGGGACAAUCCCCGAGGAGGCCCCUACAGAAACUGAUGACCCAACUUCAGGACUCCCGAAAGCCAAGGCUGCUGACAUCGUGUUCUUGGUGGAUGGCUCCAUCAACCUUGGCAAGGACAACUUCAAGGAAGUGAUGGAGUUUAUCCUGAACCUUGUAGACCUCUUCUUCACCGAGCGUGACAACCUGCAGAUUGGCCUGGCCCACUAUGCCACCGACGUCACCGACGUCUUCUACCUCAACACCUACAAGACCAAGGAUGACAUCAUCAGCGCCCUUAGUCGCACAGAGUACAAGGGGGGCCGCAGGAUCAACACGGGUGCUGCCAUUCGCCACGUGCAGGAGAACCACUUCAUCAAAUAUAAAGGCAGCAGGAAGGAUGAGGGCAUCCCCCAGAUCCUGAUGAUCGUCACUGGUGGAAAGUCAUCCGACGAUGGCAAGACUGCCGCUCUGGGGUUGAAGGCCACCGGUGUCCGUAUCUACGCCGUUGGUGUGGGCGACAUUGAGGACGAGUUGAACAACCUGGCAAGCGAGGCCUCCACGGUGGCCAGGGCGAGCACGUUCAUGGAGCUCUCUGAGCUCAACGAGCAGAUCUUGGAAACAUUGGACGACGAGGUGAAGGGAAUCAAGCUGUGCACUGGUGUGAGCCAGGAACCCUCAAAAGCCUGCAGUCUGGAGGUGUUGGUGGGCUUCGACGUGUCCUCGCAGAACAUCUUCCAGGCCCAGAGGAUCCUGGAGUCCAAGAUGGGUGCCAUCCUCCAGAGGAUCACCAAGAUGACGGGCAUCAGUUGCUCAUCAGGACAGAUCCCCUCGAUCCAGGUGGGCAUCCUGGCCAUGGAUAGCGCCUCGGAACCUGUCCACCUGGAGUUCACGGACAACGCCGACAUGCUGUUUGAGGCAUUCCGGGCCCUGCGCAAUCGCGGCCCCUAUGUCCUCAAUGCCAAGACCAUUUCCGCAUACGGUUCAAGGUUCAAAAGCCGAGCCGCAGACGCAGUCAAGGUUGUGAUCCAUCUGACUGAUGGUCUGGAUGGCCAGUAUAACGAAAUGAAGAGAGGAGUUGAAGAACUUAAGAUUUCAGGUGUGAACAGCUUCAUCCUGGUGGGUCUGGAGCGGGUACCCAGGUUUGAGGAGGCUGUGCUGCUGGAGUUUGGCCGAGGCUUCAGGUACACCAGACCCCUCCGAGUCAAUGUCAUGGACCUGGACUACGAGCUUCUGGAGGAACUGGACAACAUUGCUGAGAGGGAGUGCUGUGCAGUGCCAUGUAAAUGCACCGGCACAAGGGGAGACCGAGGAGCAGUCGGGCUUGGAGGAUCCAAGGGCAGCCCAGGUGGAGCAGGCGGAGCAGGACAUCCCGGAGACGAGGGAGGACCCGGAGACAGAGGUCCUCCUGGUGUCAAUGGAACGCAAGGUUUCCAGGGCUGUCCUGGACAGAGGGGCAUCAAGGGUGGUCGUGGAUACUCUGGAGAAAAGGGGGAAUAUGGAGAGAUCGGCCUGGAUGGCAUAAACGGAGAAGAGGGCAAGAGUGGAGUCGCUGGACCCCCAGGAGACAGAGGGCACCCUGGGAGAAGGGGACCCAAAGGAACUAAAGGACAUGCAGGAGACAUCGGGGAUACAGGAAUCAGAGGAGAUCCUGGAACCACAGGUCAAGAUAACAAUGUGGCUGGACCUAAAGGAGACCCAGGCGAUGUCGGCCCAGUGGGAGAGCCAGGGGAGGAUGGUAAGAAGGGAGGCCCCGGUGAACCAGGCAGGACGGGUUCUGAUGGUAGAAGAGGCCCACCUGGACAAGCUGGAAACCCUGGCAAACCCGGAGGCGAUGGUGUGCAGGGAGAGCCUGGUAUUGGAGGAUCCAGAGGCCAAGCUGGACCAAUCGGUGCACCUGGAACCAGAGGUGAGGACGGGAACCCUGGACCAAGGGGUCCAGGAGGAGCCCAGGGAACCCCCGGAGACAAGGGCAGGAGAGGAGCUCUGGGUCGCAAGGGUGAGCCAGGAGAGCCCGGACCAAAAGGCAUCGUGGGACCUCUGGGACCUCGUGGUGAGCCUGGCGAAGAUGGUCGAGAUGGAUUUGGUAUCGCAGGACCCAAAGGAAGAAAGGGUGAUGAGGGCUUCCCAGGAUUCCCAGGACCAAAGGGGGCGGCAGGUGAUGGAGGAAACAAUGGCGGACCAGGACCCAUAGGAAACCGUGGCCAGAGGGGUGUUUCAGGUGAAAUCGGUACUACGGGUCAAAAGGGAGAGGUUGGAUACCCCGGGCCUUAUGGCCAGAAAGGACCGAGAGGACCUGGCGUUGUGCAAUGUGACCUUGUGAAGAAAAUCAGAGACAACUGUCCUUGCUGCUAUGGUCAACAGGAGUGCCCUCUCUACCCCACUGAGCUAGCCUUCGCCCUGGAUGCCUCAGACGGCGUGGGUCGGCCUGCCUUCAACAACAUGCGUGAUGCCGUGCUCCGCCUGGUCGGCAACAUCACCAUCUCCGAGAGCAAUUGCCCACGCGGUGCCCGCGUGGCCCUCACCCUCUACAACAACGAGGUGACCACCGAGAUCCGCUUUGCCGAUGCGCUGAAGCGCCGCUCCCUGGUGCAGCGCGUGGAAGGCUUGCAGGCAUUACAGACGCGCAAACAGCGCAGCCUGGAGACGGCCAUGAACUUCCUGGCGCAGAACACCUUCAAGAGGGUGCGCAGCGGCUUCCUCAUGAGGAAGGUGGCCAUAUUCUUUGUCAACGGGCCAGUGAAGGAUCAGCGGGCAGUCAGCGCCGCGGCCCUCCGUCUCUAUGACUCCGGCAUCGCCUCGGUGUUUCUGGUCAACAAAGAGGAUGGCCAGCUUACCAGAGCCCUGAAGAUGAACAACACUGGGUCAGCACUGGGUCAGGUGAUCGUACUGCCUAAUCCCGGAAGUGCACAGUACAACUCGGCUAUCCAAAAGGUCAUGAGCUGCCACAUCUGCCUGGACUCCUGUGCUCCAGACCAAAUGUGUGACUACGUCCCCCCUCAGCAGUCGAGAGACAGGAGGUCCUCCACCACCGACGUGGACAUUGACAUGGCCUUCGUCAUGGACAGCUCAGAGACCACCUACCCCACUGUCUUCACUGAGAUUAAACGCUAUGUUGCUCACAUUGUAGAGCAACUUGAAGUCUCGUCAGACCCUAUGGCAUCCAUCCACCACGCCCGUGUGGCUGUGAUCCAGCAGGCACCCUACGAGUUCCUGCGCAACAGCAGCGGCUCUCCGAUCCGCGUGGACGUGGGUCUGACCGACCACCGCUCGGCCCAAGACAUCCGCAACUUCCUCCUGGACAAAACGCCCCAACUGGAGGGUGGGCGGGCGCUGGCGGCAGCCAUCGAGCACACGGUGGAGCAGGUGUUUGAAAGGGCGCCCCACCAGCGUGACCUCAAGGUGCUGACAUUGUUCGUGACAGGCCCAGUGGAGGAGGAUGAGGAGCGGCUGGUUGCCGUGGCCACCGAUGCCAAGUGCAAGGGCUAUUUCUUAGUCAUCCUGGGCGUUGGCGAGAAACUUAGUGCUGGGGACGCCCGUGUGAUGAUGCGCAUGGCCAGUGAGCCCUCUGACGUCUUCUUCAAGAGGCUGACCAGCACCUCACACUUCUACGACAAGCACAUUCAGAACUUUGGCCGACUGCUGCCCAAGUAUCUCAGCAUUGAGAACGCUUUCUACAUGUCCCCUGAAGUCUCCAAAAACUGUCAUUGGUACCAGAGUGACCAGCCAUUCCCCAAAUUCCCCUUCCCCAAAUCACACCACAGCCAAGAGAAACAUCAAAAACACCACGAAAAUCACCAGGCAGUCCAUCCAAGAAAGCACAAAGAGCAAGAGGAGUUGCACGUAGCCAACACCACUUCCAGUGGCCUGACCCUGCGCUGGGCCAGCCCGGACCCCAAGCUCAUAGCCUACUUCGAGGUGGUGGUGACGCGCCUGCGCGACCACACACUGGUGCUGAGGAGGAAUGUGACAGGCACGGAGCUCACUGUAGGCGGCCUGGAGAGCGCCCAGACCUACCACGCCGUGGUGACCACACGCACCGCCCAGGGCCAUGUUGCGGCCACACACAAAGGCAUUAUUACCACCAAAGCAGCAGCAGAGCAUAAGAUCGCUGCUCCCAUGGAGGUGACUGGUAUCAUAGCCACUACACCACUGGACAAACCAGAGAUUGCUAACGAGCUCACAGACCCAUGCUCUCUUGACUUUGACCCUGGAUUGGCGUGCAAAAACCAUCAGGCUAAGUGGUUCUUUGACAGAAAGAAUGGGAUCUGUACCCAGUUCUGGUAUGGUGGUUGUGAAGGCAAUGGCAAUAGGUUCGAGACUGAAGCCCAGUGCUUGAAACGCUGCAUGAGGUCAGAACCUGAGCAACAAGUGGAACAGCUUCAGACUGAGAUCCUUUCAGCUCCCGCGGCCUUGACAGGAGUGGAAAUCUGUCUGCUCCCCAAAGAGGAAGGCGCAUGCGCAAAGUUUGUUCUCAAGUGGCACUACGAUGCACUCGGCAAGAGCUGCACACGCUUCUGGUACGGAGGCUGUGGCGGCAACCAGAAUCGCUUCGAAACUCAAGAGGAGUGUGAGAAGACCUGUGGAAAAGCAGCUCUGCCUCGAGGGCAAAAGGCAUGGGAUUGGUUGGAUGAAAGCCUCGCAAGCCCCGAGCGGCACUCACAGCGACGAGUGAGAAUGAAAGGAAAGAGAAGAAAAGGCUCGCUAGGUGCACCUGUCAACCAAGGAGUCAUUGCCGCAAUACGAACAUAGGAGGACAUUGAUUCAUUGUCAACAUAUUCCUCUUCUGAGAUUCGGAAGAAAACCAAUUCAAAUGGCCAAAGAAAAGCUAUACCAAAGGAAAGGUGGCUGCACUGGAUUCCAUGAACAGGAUUUGAUCAAAAACAAUCUUGAAGUAGUCUUUUUCACAAAAUGAAAGCAACACAAUUUGCUGCAUGAUUUUUCCUACUGGUGCUACAUAGUGUUUUUUAGUUCUCUGAUGGAGUUGCAGAGUACAUCCAGUGUUUGUAAUGUAAAAAAUUCUGCAACAGUUACACCAUAUGUUUAUUAACAUAAAAUAAUAAACUCAUGAGAAUAAGGUUUUAUAAUUAAAAUGUAUGCGUAUGACCAUCUUGGGACAGAGAUUAUCAAUAAAUCGUUAUUUACACACACACACACACACACACACACACACACACACACACACACACACACACACACACACACACACACACACACACACACACACACACACACAGGUCCACAAUGACUUUGAAAGGGUCAUCAUAGGUUUAUUUUACUUCACUAUAUAAGUAAGCAUUUCACUGUUAAUCUACACAUGUUGUUUACAAAGCAUGUGAUGAAUAACAUUUGAUUUGAUAUAUCCCCCAAUUUACUUUCCCUCACCAUGCCAAAUACUCUCCUAGUUGCAGAGUUCACGCUGAUGCUAACACAAAUCCUACCUGGCAGUGUGUAUAUAAUGAGUUAAACCAAUUUCUCAGCGUCAAAAGGAAUUCAUCAUGUAACGUCAAUGCACUUCUGGAACCACUGCCUCAAACACAUGUUCCAGUUUUUGAAUAUGGAAUGUACUUGUCAAGCUGUUUUUUGUUUUGUUUUACUAAACUUUGUGUUUCAUCUGGGAACGGGGGAAAUAAAAAUGAAUUAGACUUUCUAAUAAACUCGAGCAUUGAA